CCCUUUCAAAAUAUUUUAAGAAACGUAAUUAUAUUGAGAACCAAAAUUCUGUUCAGCAUGGUAAAUAUUUCAAGGCAAAUGAAACCAGGUUUCGCUCCAGAGAAGUUUCAUCCUGGUUUCUGUAUGAAUGUCCCAGGUUUGUUUCACUCUGCAUUCUUACUGAGAGCGGUGCAAACACCAUCAUGGGCACGGUGGGUUCUGAGGAAGCAGCAGCUCUCUCUGCCCAGCCUUCCCUUGCUUCAGGCAGCAAGAAAAAAGAACUCUUUGAAUCUCCUUGAACUAAAUGAGGCAGAGUUGGAAGAACAGUUUGUGAGAGGUGAUGGCCCAGGAGGUCAAGCCACAAAUAAGACAAACAACUGUGUUGUCCUGAAGCAUAUUCCAUCUGGGAUUGUAGUGAAGUGUCAUCAGACAAGAUCAGUGGAGAAGAACCGAAAGAUUGCCAGAGAAAUCCUGCAGGAAAAAGUUGACCUUUUCUACAAAGGUGAAGACAGUGAUGUUUUUAAGGAGAAGAAAACAUCAGAGAAGCAAAAGCAGGAGAAAAAAAGAAGAGCAAAGGAAAACCUAGAAAGGAAAAAGCUUUUUAAAGAGAUGCAACAAUUGGAUAAGGAAUAAACAUGUGAAAUAUUGCCUUGCCCUAGCAGGCACUCUCACCAGCUGCUACCAUGUUUUGGUGACCCAAAGCCAGAGUAUGGAUUUUGAAGGCAACAAAGACUUCCAGAACUUCACCUCCUUGUCCCAGAGACCAGCUGUACCCUGUGCCAUGGAUGGAGUGCUCCAGAAAUCUGCAGGCUCCUUGCCUUGUCCUUUCCUAAACUCCUGCAUGAAGUUUAAUUUUUGUCUGUUGACAGUUCUUGCUCCUGGAGUAUGAAUCUGAUUAAAGUGACUGUACAUAGUUUUAAUACAAACUGUUAAUGAAAAUAAGCUUUAUUACGUCAAGUAAUAAAUACAUACAAAGAUGCAAAUAACA